AUGAGACCGUUAAUUAGCAGUAACCUUGCAACCGAAGAUGAUAUACAGGCUGCAGCAGGUAUAGCUCCUGCUCACUUGGAAGUAAACGUGGGCGGCUAUAAUACAGAACAGAUAAUACCUAUAGUAAAGCACGAGCUCGUGAAAGUUGGGAGGAAUGACAAGGAAUGUCAACUCGUUUUAACAAACCCGUCUGUGUCCUCUGUCCAUUGCGUGUUCUGGUGUGUCUUUUUUGAUGAGGAUAGUAUUCCAAUGUUCUACGUUAAAGAUUGUUCUCUUAAUGGAACAUAUUUGAAUGGUUUACUUUUGAAAAGAGAUAAAACCUAUCUAUUAAAGCAUUCCGAUGUUAUUGAAUUAUCACAGGGAAGUGAAGAAAAUGACAUUAAAAAAACACGGCUGGUUUUCAUGAUUAAUGAUGAUUUACAGUCUUCUCUGGAUCCAAAACUUUUAGAUCAAAUGGGUUUUCUGAGGGAAAUAGAUCAAUGGGAAAUAACAAAUAGAAUAGUGGGUAAUGGAACUUUUGGACAUGUUCUGAUCACGCAUAACUCAAAGGAACGUAAAGAUGAUGUUUGCUAUCACCCUGAAAAUUACGCCGUAAAGAUUAUUAAACUGAAGCCGAAUAAAUUCGAUAAAGAAGCUAGAAUUCUCUUAAGACUAGAUCACCCAAAUAUCAUCAAAGUCUACCAUACUUUCUGCGACAGGAACAAUCACCUUUACAUAUUCCAGGAUUUAAUCCCCGGUGGUGAUCUGUUCUCUUACUUGGCUAAAGGCGACUGUUUAACUUCUAUGUCAGAAACGGAAUCGUUAUUGAUCGUCUUUCAGAUCUUGCAAGCGUUAAACUACCUGCAUGAUCAGGAUAUUGUUCACCGUGACUUGAAACUAGAUAAUAUUUUGCUAUGCACGCCGGAGCCGUGCACCAGAAUUGUCUUGGCGGACUUUGGUAUAGCUAAAGAUUUAAAUUCUAACAAAGAAAGAAUGCAUACAGUGGUAGGUACUCCAGAAUACUGCGCUCCAGAAGUCGGAUUUAGAGCAAACAGAAAAGCUUAUCAAAGUUUCUCAAGAGCAGCCACCUUAGAGCAACGGGGUUAUGAUAGCAAGUGCGACCUUUGGUCUUUGGGCGUCAUUACGCACAUUAUGUUAACAGGAAUCUCGCCGUUUUACGGCGAUGGUUCUGAGAGAAGUAUUAUUCAAAAUGCAAAAGUUGGAAAACUGAAUUUCAAGCUAAAGCAGUGGGAUAUUGUUUCAGAUAAUGCUAAGAGCUUUGUCAAAGACCUUUUACAAACUGAUGUAGCUAAACGAUUAAAUAGUAAACAAGGUCUCAAACAUGUUUGGAUCGCAAAACACUUAAGUCAAUUAGAGAGGUUAUAUUACAAAAAAAUAUUGUGCAAUAACGAGGGUCCUAAAUUAGAAAGUAUAAACUCGGAGUGGAAAAGGAAGUUACCUAAAAGUGUUAUCAUUUCCCAGGCAAUACCGAAAAAGAAGAAAGUUUUGGAGUAA